GCCUGUUAUCAUUGUUGAUUCCAGAGAUUUAAGAAACAAACUAAAAUCAUUUUGUUUUCUUCAAAUACUCCACUUAGCAGCAACCUGUAGGGAUUAGAAGAUUGAAUAAAGAAGAUGAACAUCGUCGUCCAAGCUUGUGCUGAUAACAAGGACGAAGAAGAAGAUGCUCCACUUCCUGGGUUUCGUUUCCAUCCUACAGAUGAAGAGCUUGUAGGGUUUUAUCUUCAACGAAAAGUUGAUAAUAAACCCCUCAAAAUCGACCUUAUCAAACAGAUUGAUAUCUACAAGUUUGAUCCCUGGGAUCUCCCAAAAGCAAGCAGUCGUGAGGGAGAGAUUGAAUCAUAUUUCUUCUGCAGACGAGGAAGAAAGUAUAGAAACAGCAUUAGACCAAACAGAGUGACGGGAUCAGGAUUUUGGAAAGCAACCGGCAUUGACAAGCCUAUUUAUUCAAAUGGAGGAUCAGCCUGCAUCGGCCUAAAGAAAACCUUGGUAUACUACCGUGGAACUGCAGGCAAAGGAACCAAAACUGAUUGGAUGAUGCAUGAGUUUCGCCUUCCCAAUUCCACCCACACCAACGCUAGUAACGCCACCUUUUCCAACCCCAAGUCUCUUGCACUAGAAGAAGCUGAAGUGUGGACUAUAUGUCGAAUUUUCAAGCGAAGCGUAUCGCAUAGAAAGUACACUCCAGAUUGGAGAGAAAUCGCCUCAAACCGCACUUCAACUGCCACACCAAGCCCCCAAAUUAUCUGCAGCAUGGGAUUGGGAUCCAACAUUCAUGAGACUUACAUCGCUUUUGGCUCUCCACUUGUUCAAAGCUGUGAUGAGAAGCCGGGGUUCAGUGGUAUGAAUGGAAGAAACCAGUGGCAUGCAGAGCAAUUGAGCAUUGCUCAACCUUCAUCAAUGGCGUCAUCUUCAAGCUUUUCAAGUUGUCCAGGAAAUAAUGAUUUCUUUACUCUUGCAAACUGGGAUGAGCUCAAAUCAGUUGUAGAGUUUGCUUUUGAUCCCUUUAGUGUGUAAAUAAUGGUUUUAUAGGUUACAGUUGAAUUAGUUUUAAUGAGAUUUGUAUUAGUUGAAAUUGCCAAACAUCAAUAUAUAUACCCUGACUUGGCAUUGAAGGAAUAUUAAGGUCAAUUUCUUUUCUUUAUAUAUGAAUUGAAAACUUUA